UUUUCAGCAUUUCCAUAAAUAUGCUCCGACAUAUAAUAUGCAUUUCGGUGCAUUAUCACGCAAAUCAACCAUAUGUGAUUGAAUUUCAGCGAGAGCAAUUCUAAUUAAGCAAAACGGACCGCCAUCGCCGGACACAUUAUGUUCGACGGCAGCGGCGGCGGCAGAGGCGGCGGCGGCGGCAGCGGCAGCAGUAGCGAUGGCGGCGGCCACAUGGACGUCAAAGUGGUGUACGCCAACCCAAACGGGACGCUGUCCAUACUGCCCGACACGGCGGCCGGUGUGUCGCCGUGGCGUCCGUCGUCCGUGUCGUUGGCCGCGGCGUACCUGACGCUGUCGUCCGCGGCCAUCGCGUCCAACGUCAUGGUGUUGACGGGCAUCGUCACCGCGGACAGGCUGCGGUCGCCGUACGCGGUGCUCGUGUCCGCACUGUGCCUGCAGUGCGCCAUGGACGCCGCGGUCGGCCACUGCGCCACCACCAGAGAACUGUUGACUGGCGGCGGCGGCGGCGGGGCCACCAUGUGCCGCGGCGUGGCCACCGUAACGGCCGCCCUGUCUGCCGUCGAGCUGGUCACGUUCGCCGCGCUCGCGUGUCUCAACACGUUCGUCCGGGCCGACUACGCCGAGCUGCCCCUGCCGGCCGCUGCCACUCUGUGGGCCGCCCCUUCCAUGUACACGUACGUCAUACUCACGCCCACGCUGCUGUUCACCACGCGAUAUUUCCCGUCAAGAGGUCGUUGCGGUUUCAUUGCAAAUACAACUGGAUGGUUUUACCCAUCUUUAUUGAUUGUUUUCAGUUUUAUGAUACCGUGGUCAAUAUCAUUUUAUUUUGUUUUUGUAUCCCGCCCUUCGACGACUACCAAUUCGGCCAAUGUCAUAGUGACACCCACCCAAACAAAAAGCCAAAUCGAUCUUGUACCGUCCAAAUUAAUUUUUGCAUCUUAUACAAUUCUUGUAACACCAAGUCUUAUUUCAUCCAGUGUUUAUCUUUAUAGCAACCCGAACAUCAAUCCUUGGGCCGAAAACGAAGCACCGGAAGACAUCUUAGAUGGCUACUUGUCAAAACUGCCAAUUCUGUUUGACGUAUUUGUUCCGUUGGUCCUAAUAUACUAUCAUAAAGUGUUCAGAAAAAAAUGUAGGGAAUUGUAUUUACAUGGGUUUAGGAAUUCCGUCUCAGACGGCCGUCAAAUCUCUAUCGAAAGACUGAGACGAUCUAGAAAGAACGAAUGUUUAGCAGAUGACGCACCCGUAUUAUUUCUUGAACGGUCUGGCAUGAUAAACGUUAGGUUUCCGAGCGAAGACGGUUUCAUGAUGAAGGUGUGUGAUUUGAAUCAAAAAGAAGACAAUAAUUCAAAUGGCAGAAAAGAAGUUCGUUUUUCGAGAAAAGUGAGUAAAGCUCCUAAUGAAAGCGGUAUUUAUAGUACAAAAGAACCUAGGGACGAAGAAUCGAGCCUUUGAAGGGAAAACAUAAAUAAUUACAAAAGUAAAGCAUACUAAUUAUUACAUUCCAUAAUUUAAUUUAUGAAUAUCUAUGUGACUAUGUAAUGUAAAAUAAGUAUCAUGAUAUAUAAGGUAGAACAAAUUAUAAAAUUACAUUUAAUUUUUAUUGAGUCUUUGCAUUUAAAGCAUAAUAUAACAAUGGAAAACCGAAAUCAAAAUUAUAUUAUUUAAAAAUAAUUUCAUUGUAUAGACAAAUAAAAAUGUAAUGCGUUUUUUAUUAUGUAUAUUAUGUUUAUUGUAAACAAUUAAAAAUAAUUUAUUUUAUUA